AUGCAACAAGAGGUCCCGCCAUGGCAAGGGCGGAGUAAAGCUAUUGAGCUAGUCGCGGAUCACCUCGGAGUUUUAACGUCGGGUCAUGCGCGGGUGUGGAGACGAUUAAUUGGAGCACGACUACUUUUACCACAAAACAGCAAGAAAGCGGGACGCAGAGACGAAAUUCGGUUCGCCCCCGUUUUGAAAUAUUUAAGAACCUUGAUUUUGUCUUGCAUUAUAGGCUCGGCGGACCUGGAUGCCGCCCAGAAGAAGAACGGACACAGAUAUAGUUGGCGGGCUGACAACAAAAGGGCUACUACUCCAAUGCUCGCUCCGUUACAAGGGGCCGGCGGUGCUUCGGUGCCUCGCUUCAACCUCCGCACCCCCGCCGGCGCUACCCAUGAGAAACGUGGGCAAGCUCAGUUUGGCAAGACUAGCAGUCUAAUACCGGAUCUGCGCGGGAUGGCUAGUAAGGGUCAAGUAUCUGCCGCCGCCCCCCUUCUCUUCGGAAGCAUGGAAACGACGACACGAGCCAUGCUGACGUUGAGCUGCCGCAAGCAUAUUACCGGGGUUGUUGUCGAAGCAAAUGAUUGCGAAACUCAUGGCGAUGCUGGCGCCAUGGUGCUUGUGGCAAUAAGCCGAUCGCCUAUAAUCCAUAGGGCUCGGGUGUCGUAA